AUGGGGGAAGAGGAAUUACGAGUCAAUGGCGAACUUCCCCGUGAAACUCAACGGAUCAGUGAGCCGAAACGAUUUGGCAUGCUUGUGGCAGGUGCCUAUGGCUGUCUCUGCGUGUCUCUCUCUUAUGGGUUCAAUAUAUUCAGUGGUGAUCUGCAGAAGGCUUAUGAACUUUCUCAGGCAGAUAUGUCAACAAUAAGCACAGUGGGUAUUGUCUUUGCCUACUUUGGCAUACCAUAUGCUUUUGUUUACGACUACCUUGGUGUGACGCCCGUGUUUGUGAUUGGACUCGUAUUGAUCACUGUGGGCUCGUUGCUCAUGGCGCUGACAUUCAAUGGGACCGUUGCUGCCAGUGUGUUGCGGCUUUGCAUAUUCAACGGUAUUUUUAACUUUGGCACGGGCGUUUAUGACCUUGCAUGCGUCGUAACGGUUCUCGGUUUAUUUCCAACGAGAAAGGGCGUAGUUGUGGCUGUAAUGAAGACAUACAUUGGGCUGGGAUCCGCAAUUAUCGGGGCGAUUCAGUUGGCCUAUUUUGAGGGUAGUCCAACAAACUACUUCUUCUUUUUAAUGGGUUUUGGUGGUGUUAUUGGUGUCUUAGCUUUAAUACUGAUACGCCAGCCUCCCUAUUUAUUGACGGAUUACGAGCGAAGCCGUUUGACAGACGCGGAGAUCGAAAAACGCAUCAUGACGAAGGCCAUAUAUUUAAAGCAGCAACCGCCAUCCAUGCGUUUUGCCAUUGGAUUUGUGAUUGUCGUUUUUCUUAUUUUGUUUCUUCCGUUACAGAGUGCGUUGAUUGCGUACUUGAAUUUGUCAUGGGGGUAUCGAAAUGCGUUUGCCAUUGUGACAAUUGUCUCUCUGGGCAUUUACCCCAUUGUCGCCAUGCCGUUCAAUUUUCUGGACCGAAGCUGGAAAAUUUGGCGCUCUUCUUCUUGCGACGCCGUGACUCCCGUUGAAGAACCAGUGUCAGAUAACGAUGGAACAGCAAUUUUACCGACGUUGGAGAUGGACUACGUUGCGCCGCAAUAUCAGACACGGUUCCUACAGAGUCUUUGCACGGUGAAGCUUUGGGCCAUCUUUUGGUCGUUGUUCUGCACACUUGGUACAGAGUUUGUCGUACUAACCAACUCUCGUUUUAUUUUUGCCGCCAUGUCUGGGGAGGACGUCGACAAUUCCCUUAAUACUUUACUAACGGUGCUGAACGGGGUGGGAAGUGCGGCGGGUCGCUUAUUAAUGAGCGCCCUUGAGGUUUGGACGCAGAAAAGGAAGGCGGAAGAUCGUAUUCCCAUUACGUUGUCACUUUUUCUACCAACCAUUUCCGUCAUCGUGAUGGCAGUCCUUUUUCUCACAAUCAGCAAUAAGGAUAUUUUGCCGAUUCCGUACGUUAUUGGGGCACUGGGCAAUGGAUUUAUUGCAGCGGUAACAAUUCUCGUAAUUAAUACCAUCUAUGCGAAGGAUCCUGGACUCCACUACAACUUCUGCUUCUUUGCCACCACGUGUUCCUCCGUGCUGCUUAACCGCCUUCUGUACGGCGAGUGGUACACGCGGGAGGCAAGAAGGCGGGGUGUUGAUGUUUGUUUGGAUCGUGCUUGUGUGCAGCUCCCGUUGCUUGUGAUGCUUGGAUUCAACGUGACGGCCUUCAUAUCCAACGCCUAUGUGCACUGGGAGUACGUGAAAUUUAAUCGUCAGGUGUUGGAUGAGCGGCGUCGCCUCUUUGAGGAGCAGCAAGAAGGCGGGGAUUUGUGGGCCUGA